AUGAGCAGCUCAUCAAAAACAACCUACUUUAUUAUUGGCGGUAACCGCGGGAUCGGUUUCAAUCUGGUCAAAACUUUGAGCGCCUCUACAUGCAAUGUUGUUAUAGCCUCUGCCCGUGGAUCACUUUCAUUGCCUAAGAACAAACAGUUGGAAGAUUUAGGAAAAAUCAGAAAAAAUGUUCAUAUUGUUCAGCUUGAUGUUACAGAGGAUGAAAGUAUUGAUAAUGUUGCAGGUGAGAUUAAGGAAACGCCUUCUUUCCAGGGCAUUGAUAUUUUUAUUGCAAGCUCAGGGAUAUCUGACUCAUAUUACGACGUCUUGAAGACCCCUAAAUCCGUGUGGCUUGAACAUUACGCUACGAAUGCCCUUGGGCCAAUAUUGACCCUUCAGAAGGUCUACCCAUUGCUUCUAUUGAAAAAGACUAGGAAAAUAUUUUUCAUUUCCAGUGUUGCAGGGUCUAUUACGGGUUUCCUACCUAUACAUGUUUCUGCGUAUGGCCAGUCAAAAGCUGCUUUGAAUUAUGAUGCAAAGGCACUCAGCUUUGAGUUGAAGCCAGAGGGUUUUACUGUUGUCACCUUUCACCCCGGUCUGGUCUCUACUGAUAUGGGCCAAUAUGGUAUUGAUCAUUUUGCAGAGAAAAAUAUAAAUGUUAGUUCUCUAGAGGUCAUUACGCCUGAAGAAAGCGCUUCCGCGUUGGUUAAUGUUUUUGGCAAAGUAGUACCUGAAGAUAAUGGGAAGUUCUUCAACUACGACGGCAGUGAAAGCGUUUUUUGA